AUGACAGAAAGUAUUUAUCAAGAAUUAAUCAAAUUACUUGAAAGUAAGAGUGAAAUUCUUAUACAAUUAUUUUCAGAAAAUUUUAACAAUUUAUCCAAUUUGCAUGUAAAUAUUUACCUUUCAUAA